UCAUCAUCAAGGGACCAUAAUCAGAGUAGAAGACGCUUCAUUCAUGCGGCGAGCAGAGCAGCAGGUUUAAAAUAUGGAUUCGUCAUAUGGUCCGUUGGUCUUGGGUCUAGCAGCUGGGCUCGGCUGUGGGCUCCUUCUCGGUUGGCGCCUUCGUGCCCGCUUCGGCUCAAUAUCCAAAAAUCUGCUCAAAGCCGAUGGCAGCGGCUCUGGUGAAGCGAGCGUGAUGGGAGAAGGAGGCGAGUUCAAAAUGAUUCUGGUGGUCCGAAAUGACCUUAAGAUGGGCAAAGGGAAGGUUGCUGCCCAGUGUUCCCAUGCUGCUGUGUCAGCUUACAAGCAGGUCCAACGCAGGAACCCUGAGCUGCUCAAACAGUGGGAAUACUGUGGCCAGCCCAAGGUGGUGGUGAAGGCCCCCGAUGAGGACACCCUCAUUGAUCUGCUAGGUCGUGCCAAAGAAGUGGGACUUCCUGUUAGCUUGAUCCAGGAUGCAGGAAGGACACAGAUCGCACCCGGGUCACGCACUGUGCUGGGCAUUGGUCCUGGCCCAGCUGAUCUGAUUGACAGUGUCACUGGAGAAUUGAAGCUCUACUAGAGUUCCAGAUUUCAGCUGAGCUACCAGGAGUUUUUAUUUUUCUACUAAGGGCUCUAUUCAGUGGCCUGUAACAUAAAUCGGUUGAAUUGUGAAUGGAAGUAGGGACACAUUUGUACUUUAUUUCCUGUGACAGUUCAGUGGCAGAGCAGUCCUCCACACCAAGGAUGCUCAGAAAGAUGAAAUACAUGAUGAUUCAAUCACAUUGUCAUUUGUCUUAUUAUAAACAGACUGGAAAAAUGAGCUAAGAUCAUCAAAUGAUGUACUCUAAUGAGAAAUUAUAUAUUUUGCCAUUUCUUUUCAAGAUAUUUGAUACUGGAAGUAAGAAUGUGAUGGGACAACUUUGCACUGAAGCAGCAGAGCAGCUUAAAUAAUACAAUAUCAGUUUUGUGCUUAAACUGAAUGCCAUUUGUUUAUCAUGAUAAAAUGCUUUUUUAAAAUUUA